GUGAGAAUGUAAAUUAGUCCAGUCACUGUCGAGAGCAGUUUGGAGAUUUUCCAUUGAUAGAAAUGGAAUUUCCAAUUGGUCAGCAAUUGGAGGUGCUGCUCAAUGAGUCAAGCCAAUAUGAUAACACGUAACUCUUAAGUUCCUUUGGUAGAAAUGGUACCCUGUAGUCAGCAUUGGUAGUACAUGAGAGUCAGAGAAAACAGCAGGGCUUGUGGAAGCUUCCUCUGGAGAGUGGUCUCUUCUGAUCGAACAUUGCAGACCACCCCUGGGCUGUCACUCAUGAUUAGCAUCUUGUGUGGGCUCCAUCUCUCUCUCCCUCUCUCUCUCUCUCUCUCUCUCUCACACACACACACACACACACACACACACACCCUGUAUAUAUACUACUGAAGUAAUUUAGAAGAAGUUACAGGCAUUUUAGCAGUGGGGUUUUAUGAAAAACUGAUUACCAUUUAGCCCAAGUUGCAUUAGAAAUGUAUCAGAAAACUUGAAUGAAGAGGUCAAGGCUUUGGGGAAUCACUGUGGGAAUGGUAUACGAAGAGGUGUCAGCUGAAACCACGGAGUGGAUGAGCUUUUCACAACAUUACUGGGUAUGUAUGGCAUUAACGUAUCAUACCUUUUCUUUCAAGAGUGUGUGUAAAGAAGGAAGAAUGGAGUUCUAAAAACUCAGAGUCUUCUUAAUCCUGCUUCAGAGAGGUUUAUGAUGCUAAGGACUGUCAAAUGUACAGGUGAUUUUCUCCUGGAACCCCUGGCAGAGGAGAGCCGCAGGUCUGGGAGAGUCAGAUGCAAGGUUUCACAGUGAGUGGGAGAAAAGGUGCUGGGAGUACAGAUGCAGUCUGACUUUGAAAAAAGUGAGACGUGGAGGGAGAGUAGAAAAGAAUCACCAGAUAAAGUUACUGGGAAUAGAUGAUACUAAUAUGUGUCAUUUUUUCCAAUUACUUUUUUAGUGAUCAGAAAUGAGUGAACAAUCAGAGAAAAACAAUUCCAUUCAAGAGGAACACACAGAUCAUAGUUUUCCUGAGAAGAACUGUCAAAUUGGACAGAAACAACUGCAACAAAUAGAGCGGCAGUUAAAAUGCUUGGCAUUUCAAAACCCUGGACCACAGGUAGCAGACUUUAAUCCUGAAACAAGGCAGCAGAAAAAGAAAGCCCGGAUGUCAAAGAUGAAUGAAUAUUUUUCUACAAAAUACAAAGUAAUGAGGAAGUAUGACAAAAGUGGCAGGCUCCUCUGUAAUAAUGUUGACCUGUGUGAUUGUCUAGAGAAGAACUGCCUAGGCUGCUUCUACCCAUGCCCCAAGUGUAACUCCAACAAGUGUGGGCCCGAGUGCCGCUGCAACCGACGGUGGGUUUACGAUGCCAUCGUCACCGAGUCUGGAGAGGUCAUCAGCACGCUGCCAUUUAAUGUUCCUGACUAGGUGUUCUUGCAUAUGGAAUGAUUUGUUUCUUCUUCUUAUACAUUUAAGUCAACCUCUUUCUCUUGGGUGAAUUUUAGGGCUUGGGGGAAAUAUUGAAAAAAACAUACUGAAGACUUAUGUUCUGUCAAGCCCCAGAACAAUGUAGAAUGGGCAAUAAUUCUGUAACCUUCUUAACUGUGUCAACAAGUUUCAAGUUCCUUAACUUACAACUGAAGAAUGUAACAAUGGAGGGAUCAGCAUUUCUCAUCAGCACCCUCAUCUCUACUCUGCCUUCAAAUUAAAACUCUCUUCCCUCUUUGCUGAUAUCUGAGAAAAUGUAGCUUUAAGAUUUUCAAAACUCUGUAGCUGAGAGCUUUUCUUACAUGGAACAUAGAAUCUUAAAUUUAUAAUAUCUAGUUAUCCUUAGAAUCUUAUACAUCACUAGCUGUAAAUCAGAAUUGACAUUUGAAUUAAAAAAAACAAACAAACCUGUGACUGUACUGUAUACCCAUAGCGUCAUUUUUUAUUGUUCAUGUUUUAAUAACAUAAAAGUGAAAUUUAGUAAUACUUGGUAGUAUUUUUAAUCAUUAAAAAUUUGUAUUGUACUUGUAAAAUUGAGAAGUCAGGAAUUUAAUAUCCUAAAAGCCAGGAGUUUACAUAUUUUUGAUUUCAGAAAUAGUAUUUCAGGAUUUUUUCAUAGAGAGGAAACAAGUUAUACAAAAAUGAUUUUCUGUAUGUUUGCUAAUUGAGUCUGUUGAUAAGCAAUUGACUAGAUACAUGAUGUGGUCUUUUCAAUUUUGAUACAUUAUCAGAGCUAUAAAAAUUGAAUUCAGCUUUCUUUGAAUUCAUUUUUUUUAUGAUAGUCUUUUUUUAACCCUAAGUCAGUGGUUCUCAUUCAUCAGAAUUGCCUGGAAGACUUGUCAAAACAUAGAUUUGUGUGGCCCCACACUCAGAAUCUGGGCCAGAGCUCAAUCAUCUGUUCCAUGUUCCCAGGUGAUGUUGAUGCUGCUGAUGUGGGGAACACACUUUGAGAACCACUUCUCUAAAUUAUUUUAGAUACAUAAUGUAAGGAAGUAUUUAAACCUCAUUGACUAUGAUACUGCCACGGCACAAAGCUGGAAGUAUUUAAAUAAAGUAAUGUAACAAAAAUUUAAAAGUAAAUAAGAGCAUUUAAGUUUUAAAAUAAAUUAGAAA